AUGUGGGGGCCCGGGGCCAGCGCCGAGGGCCUGCCGGUGGCGGUGGCGCCGCCGCCGCUGCCGCUGCCGCCGCUGCCGCUGCUGCUCCUGCUGCUGGCGCUGGCGGCGCCCUCGCGGGGCGGCGGGGGCUGCGCGGAGCUGGCGUGCGGCGAGCGGGAGCGCUGCUGCGACGCGGCCAACGCCACGGCCGUGCGCUGCUGCAAGCUGCCGCUGCACGCCUUCCUCGACAACGUGGGCUGGUUCGUCCGCAAGCUCUCGGGGCUGCUCAUCCUGCUCGUGCUCUUCGCCAUCGGCUACUUCCUGCAGCGCAUCAUCUGCCCCAGCCCGCGCAGGUACCCGCGCGCCCAGGCGCGGCCGGGGCCGCCGGGGGCCGCGGGGCCGCCCGACCGCGGCGGCGACGACGACGACGACGACUCGCCCGCGCUCCUGCGCGACGAGGCGGCCGCGGGCUCCCAGGACUCGCUGCUGGACGGCGGCGGCGGCGGCGGCGGCGGCGGCGGCCGGGCCCGGGGGGGCGGGCGCGCGGCCCCCGCCUGCGCCUCGGAGCACGAGCUGCGCGUGGUCUCGCCGGGCUUCCUGCAGCUGCCCAGCUACGAGGAGGUCAAGUACCUGCCCACCUACGAGGAGUCCAUGCGGCUGCAGCAGCUCAGCCCCGGGGAGGUCGUGCUGCCCGUGUCGGUGCUCGCGGACCCCGACGGCGCCCAGGGCCGCUUCCCGCGCAUCUGAGCGCCCGCGGCCGCCCGAGGACCGCGCGGACUGAGCGGGGCCCGGGGAGGGGGCAGGACGGCCUCGGACCCCGCGCCCCCCCCCCCGCCCGGAGCCCGGUUGGAGCCCCGGGAUCUUGAAGUCUCCCCACGUUUCAUUCGGUUCAAGGAAACGUCAGGCGCGCGCGCGGCGGGGGCGACGGCCCAGGCUGGGGCGCCCCUCGGACCGAGCCCCCUCGUAAGUGCCCGUCCCCGAACGGGCGAGCACACGGGCGCCGGGUAGCGCGUGGGGAGAAGGGCUGUGACCUUUAGGGAUGCGGGGAAAGGGGCGCCGCGCACGCCCCCCCGCCCGGGCCCCCAGGAGCGGAGGGCGACGCGCCUCGGGGACGGCUGCGCGGCGGGGGGAGCAGCGCCCCGCUCGGCCCAACCCCCUCCCUUGGGGGGAGCCGGAACACCCCCCGCCCCCGCCCCCCCGUAUCUUCUCCGCCAAGCAGAGUCACAGCUGGUGGCUCACCCGCAUGGGGAGGGACCCCCGUGAUCCCCAGGGAGGUGCUGCACCUGUUGGAAGACACAGCACUUAGGCCUACCGAAGACCGCGUUCGUCAUAAGAGGUACAGGUGGACUUUUGAUUUCUCAAUGACCGAGAAGACGUUUAUAUUUAACUUGUCUUUUAUUUUUAUAUUUUUGCCAUGUACUGAACGUAUCAGGAGUGUAUUUGUGCAAUUAAUGACAAGAUAAUCGUCUUUUCCUCUUUUUUUUUUUUAAAGGCCUUAAUGGUCUGGAAAUUGUCAUUAUUGUUUAAUAAAAUAUUGGACAUGAUUUCAUUUGCCACGGGGGGGGGAAGGCAUGGUCAAACAAGAAAACAUGUGGCAUAAAACACAUGAAGGAUAUCUUAUUUUCACUAUUUGAGAAGAAUAUAUUUUAUUUUUAGUACUGUGGUAUAAUAUAUGACUUUUUGUAAUAACUAUAGAUUGUGUAGCCUAGGUCUUGAUUGUAUCAUUCACCACAUAGUUAUAUGUAGAAAUGACUGAUACAUAUAUGCCAUGCCAUGAAGCAUGAUGUCAUGCACUUUCCCCUUUAUUUUAAAGUACAUUCCACAACAUGAUACAAAACAGAAGAACUUGUGACUUCUCUUCAAAGCCAUAAUUGUGCAAGCAAUGUACUCUAGAAGGAUUUAGUAAACCUCUCGAAAGAAAAAAAUAAAUGUCAUUGUAUCCGUUUUACCAUUCUAUGACAUGGCCUUUAAGCAAAUGGUAAUAUAAAAUACCUUAUUGAAAUGCAUUAUGUAUAAUGUACAUAUGUGCAUUGUCUAUGUGCAAGAUACACAUUGUAUACCAUAUAAUUAUUACAGCUUAUGAUUGCCAUGAAAGGAAAAGAAAAGGUUUCUCUGCUUGGGGAAGGAUGAGUGUUACAUUAAGAAAGAUUUUACAUGUGAACCUCACCUAUGUAUCUAGAAACAUUGUUCUUAUGGUUGAAAAAGUUUGGCAGUCCUGAGAUUAUAUUAGAUGCAAUGGAUUUGAUUAACUUGAGAAGUGAUUUAAUUGAGAAAUUAAUUUGAGAAAAUGAUUUAAACUUUUAAAAGUGAAUAUAAAAAGCCCGACAGUUCUAAGAAAUCUUAAAAUGUGUGAAUAGUAAUAGAAUGGUUUACUCUAAACUUCUAAAAGAUAAUGACCCUGUCAUUAAAAUCAUUUGAAGUGUUACUACAACAUAGAAAAACAUUAAAAUAUUUCUCUGUGCGGAUUGUAUCAGAUGUGUGACUAUGUGGCAAUGUAUUAAAAUAUGAAAUGUGUAUCUUUGUUACUUAAAAGCAAUUGUAGGUUUUGAAUGGCAAAACAAUAAGGAAGUGAGACUUUAAAUUGAGAAUGGUACAAGAUUUAAUGAAAUUACAUCAUAUUGAAUAAUUGCAUAUAUUCAUGUUAUUCAAACACCAUAAAUUUUAGUUACAUGUGACUGUUAAUACCACCCACUAAACAAACAGGAGUAUUGCCAUAAUCUUUUAAAUGAUUUAUCCUUUGAGGGUAUACUGUUUUAGACACUUCUUAAAAUUCACCCCUAUCUGAAACAUCAACAUAAAUAUCCAAGUACCAGUAUAUAAAGUAUAGUCUAUAUGUUGUUGCUAUUACUAGCAUCUUGAGCUUUGCAACAAAAAUCUUGUAAAAAUACACUUAUAAAGUGUAUUUCCUUUGUAUCAACUAUGGAACAUUUCUCUCCCUAAAAUGCAGAAUGUCUAUAAUGUAACACUUAUCAUUCAGUGAAGUUCUACUGAAUUUUAAAGUUACAACAAAUUUUACACUUGUUUUUUUUCCUACACAUCACUCAGGCUUUUAUGCACAUCUCUCAUUUAAUAAAAAUGAGUUUGACUCUGGUUUUUUUUCUUUUCUUCUUUCUUUUUUUAACUUUUUAUUUUUUUUUUUACUCUGGUUUUUUUCUUGCACUUCAUUGAUUUACCAAGCACAAGUUUGUGGGGAAAAAUUCUUAAAAACUAUCCUUGUUAUUGAUAAGUGAACAUGUUUCAUGGUAACACACACACACAUAUAUAACACACUAUGUUAAUACACACAGAACCUAUAUAUUCAUAAUGCUGGAAUAUCUGGAUAGAAACAUUUUUAAAAUACUUAAGGGUGGUAUCUAGGUGUAUCAGUUUUAUAAAUUUCACCUGGAAGUUAACUAUUACCUAGAACUAGUAGGAAACAGAAAUGUAGAAAACAUUAAUAUAUAAAAGUUAUUCUCUCACCUAAAAAUAAUUCAUAACGAGAUACAGAUUUUACUUAUUUUCAGUAUUUUUUAUAUAUAGGUGAGGGCACAGAUUAUAUAUCUAUAUAUAUAAAAUCAUCAGUUGCUUAAAAGCAUGACUUUUCUAUUGAUAUUUUUCAAUUAUAAAUAUUAUAUAUGCAUACACACAUAUAUAAAAUAAUCUGUUGCGUAAAAGCAAUUUAUUGGUGGUGUUCAAUAACAAACAAGGGGAAAAUAUCUUCUUGAGAUAGAAUGAUAGUUUCAAGAGGCCAUUAAUUCAACCAUGGAAAAUGGCUUUGGCAAUUAUGCCAAAGGGCAUGAGGUGUACUAUAUAAGGAAAACAAGAUUCAAUUGUAAAGGCUGAAGGGAAUAUUAAGGAUAUGGCCUCAACAGUUUAAAAGGCAGUAUGCUAAGUACCUCAAUGCUGUUCUUGAUGUAUACAGUUUCAAGUGGAAUUAAUAAAGGAAAACAGUUCACAGCUGGAACUUAUUAUGUAAUAAACAUGAAUACGGUGUUCAGAUUUGCAGUGUUCAGAUUUAAAUAAUGUUCUGCGUUGAUUUCUGUAAAAAUUUCAUAAACACAAUUAAUUUUAAUUUCCAGAUUGAAAGAAACAAUAAGUUGUUUUAUUUUGAAUUAACCACCUUUCCAAAACUGUAAGUUGCGGACAACCAACCAAUCAGUAAUAGAAUAUUUGGCAAUUUGUAUUUGACCUCACCAGUUUACAAUUUACUUUUUCAUUCUCCUUUCAUUAGUUGGUAAAGAAUAGUAGGCUAAGGGAAGGUAUUUUAUCAACAAAGAAUGACCUAGCAAUCAGCUAAUUGUAAGAAAUUAAGACCUCCUUUCUUCCGUAGAGAUGGAAAGGAUGUCUCUUUUUAAAAAUUUUUGCCUGUAAAAUAAUCAAAAGUCAACUAAAACCAAUAUUUCGGUUGUAUUUAAAUACAUAUAGAACCUAAUUUUAUUUAUUUUCUUUUACUUACAGAAUUCGCUUUUAAUUUUAUGGCAUAAAUUAUACGAUGGAGGACAUUUAUGCUUGCCAUCCAACUGAAGAUUAUCACUUUUAUUUUCCUCUUCAGCUUCUUAGCUAAACACCUUCAUUGUCUUGAUCUCUUUUAGUUCUUAUUUUCUUUCUUUGUAUGUUGUUACCUUGCUUUGAAUUGUAGUAGUUUUCCCUAAAACACAUCCCAUCUGUCUCCAACUUGUUCUUUUCUGUGCUUUAAUUAAUCACUCUGGUUAUGGCUUGGUGUUUUGAACAAAGUUUCUUCUUUUGGUAAACAUUAUUUUCCAAAGUGUGCUUUGUUUUCUGUUUGCAUCUGCUUGUGUUGGUUUCCAGUUUUGAGCCAGGUGGUUUUUCCUUUUUAUCCACUCAGGGACUGUAAACAUAUUUCUCGUUCUUAACUAUAGAGAUUUUCUAUCUGAGCGAAUGAUCACUGAGCAAAUGAUCGUAUCUUUGCAGCUCUCUAGCUAGAAUUUUCAUUUUUCUAGAUCGCAAACAAUACUUUUUUUUUUCAAACAAUAAUUCUUGAUUUGCCUUUUUAUUUUUUUAUUUCUUCACUUGAAAUUCCUGGAGGGAUUGUUAGCACUUUUCUCCCUACCUUUCCCUAAAAAUGUGCUCUCUGCUGUAUUUAUAAGGGCAAAGAAUUAGACCCUUGCAACUUAGUAGUGACAGAGACCUUAUUUUGUCUUACAAACCUCAAGUAUAUUAUUUUUCCAUUGACUGCUGAUUUUUAAGCUUCUAGAUUUUUCUCACAGGCAUCUUUGUAGUUUCCUCUGUGUCAUUUUAUCUGAGGAAUGGUUAACUGUUCUCCUCUUAUUCCUGCUCAUAGACGUUCUAUUUGUUAUACUAGAUAGGUGAUCAUAUUCUUCUAUCUUUAUAGACAAGACCUUAUUUGAGCCUCUAGACACCUCAAGUAUAGCUUGAUUUUCUACUGAUCACUGUAUCUUUGACAUUCUUAUGAAUUUUUGCAUGGGCUCCUCCUCAACUCCUGUGUAUUGUACCACUGUUUUACUGGGUACACUAGAUGGCACCUCUAACUUUAUGUUUCUUUUAUUCUUGCUUCUAGAUGAACUUGAAGAAUUCCGUAGUGUAUUGUUUAAAAUUUUAUCUGAGGACUGUGAGUAGUUUUAUCUUCUGCCUCUUUGUUGGCUACAUUUAUUUCAUCACAGAAAGGAUUGGAAUCCUCCAGAUUUAUACCUCUUUUAUUUUGGUUGGUGGGAGUUUUGUCUUCUGUAUUGACACAAGAUUUUACCAGAUAAAAAUUAAUUUUUAUUGUUUUCCUGGGUCUUAAAAAUAUCUUUUCUUCAUUUGUAGGUUUAGCUUUUUUUCUUCCAAACUCUUCAUUGGCUGUCCCAUUUCUCCAUGUGCAUAACCCCUGCUGAACUUGCCGAGUGAUCGGAUCCCUAUAGAUCUAUACCAGUUUACCUCUUCCUCUAAUGUCACAGUCUCUCUCUUUUUCCAUUGUCCAUCUUCUGAGUUUUUCUCUUGGAAGCUCUUCACAGUAAUCUUUUCAUUUUUUCUUUAUUUGAGAUUUUUCUGUUGAUAGAAGCAAUGAGACUCCUGAGUCCUAGAUUAGUUUGGUAUUUGUGUCUGUGAUAUAGGGACAGUGCUGACUCAGCUCUGCUUGCAAAUCAAGCUCAUAUUUCUUUACAUUCAUUUCUGCACAUUAUCUGUUGGACUAGGGAAAUGUUUAGAUUCUUGAAACUCUUGUAUUUUUUAGAGUAGAUCUUGUUCUUUGACUACCUCUAUUUUGCAUGUUCUUAGGCCACACCUCUUCAGGUUCAGAGGCAUUAAUUUUGGAUUCAUAUUCACAAGGACUACAAGAGUUUUCUUGACUGAAAUCUCCUGGCCUAUCCUUAUUUUUGUUCACUGAGUCAGACAUUUCUUCAAAUCCACUCUAGUCAACUUCCAAAUAUCAUGUCUUUUGUUUGAAGUCUUCAAAUGAAUUUUUCUUUUUUCCUGAUGGUUUCAACAAAGUACUGAUAACUGCUGAUUCUGGGUUUUCUUUUGGUGUUUUAAAAAAAAUUGGGGGGCAGCCCAGGUAGCUCAGCGGUUUAGUGCAGCCUUCAGCCCAGGGUGUGAUCCUAGAUACC